UGACCGAGCGGCGUGGACGGCCGCCUGCCCCCCUCCGCCACCUGGGGCGGCGCGGGGCCCCCGGUGCCGGGUGCCCGGAGCCCGGGUCGCGCGUAGAGCCGGCGCGAUGCACGUGCGCUCGCUGCGCGCCGCGGCGCCGCACAGCUUCGUGGCGCUCUGGGCGCCCCUGCUCCUGCUGCGCUCCGCCCUGGCCGACUUCAGCCUGGACAACGAGGUGCACUCGAGCUUCAUCCACCGGCGCCUCCGCAGCCAGGAGCGGCGGGAGAUGCAGCGCGAGAUCCUCUCUAUCUUGGGCUUGCCCCAUCGCCCGCGCCCCCACCUCCAGGGCAAGCACAACUCGGCGCCCAUGUUCAUGCUGGACCUGUACAAUGCCAUGGCGGUGGAGGAGGGCGGCGGGCCCGACGGCCAGGGCUUCUCCUACCCCUACAAGGCCGUCUUCAGUACCCAGGGCCCCCCUCUGGCCAGCCUGCAAGAUAGCCACUUCCUCACCGACGCCGACAUGGUCAUGAGCUUCGUCAACCUCGGUAUUUUGUAGUUAACCUUCCCCGACGAGAGAUUGCGCGAACCCGGCGUGGACCAACACGGGCGCUGUUGCUGUGGACUCUUCCCCUCUCCGAAGUGGAGUGUUUAUGAUUUGGGGGAUACGAGGAGCGCAUGGAGUUUGACACUUACGUGCAACUCCGAAAGGCGUGUGCGAUGUGUCCUUUCAACGUUUGUGGUGGAAGGCAUUGGUGGGAGCCGCGCAAAGCCUUUGCUGAUCCGCGUGGAGUGGAUUGAAUUAA